AUGUCUCUCUUCAGAAGCUUGCAGAAUUCGCCGGCUACCAUUUCAAUCUUUCAUAAUGGCAAACUCCCGGCUUCUGCAAAGAUAUAUAAACUUCUUGAUAAUGCAUAUUUUAAGUUGAAUGACAAGAAGAACAAAUUUCAAAUCGACUUGAUGCAAGACAAAAUGCCAACAUAUGACCAAUAUGUCUUAUUAUCUCAAAAGUUCUUGAAGGACAAGGCAAGCAAAGACACUUUAAAGCAAUGCUACCCUUUGUUCAGUGACAGGAAAACUUCUGGCCCUGAUGAUGUAAUUAUUAAAGGUGUUCAGCCAUCUAGUGGCCUAAAAGUGUUUAACGAAGGUGAAUACAGCAUGAUAUAUGAUGCCUUCAACACAUUGAUAACAAAAGACGACGCUGAUAUUAAGGCCGAAGACAUAUUUCGUCCACCUUUAGUUGUUGAUUGGGAUCAAAAUCUCCUUGCCAAUGAUGAAAAAGGGUUAAAUCAUAUCCUUGAAAAGUAUCAAGACUAG